AUGCAGAGUCUUCGAUCCGUUAUCACGCAGGCAACGCGCGGAGGGAGAUGGGUUUCGUCUCGCCGUAAUUUCUCGUCGUCCCCCGUUCCCAAAGAGACGAAUGGAACAGUUCGCGUGGGAGAUGCGGAAGAGCCGUGGGGAGCAUUGAAGAGAGAGAUAGAGAGUUUUGGCGUGAAAGAUGCUCUUGUUAGCAGCGGAUAUGCUUGCUUAGGUGUUGCGCUCUACUCGGCUCUUGCAUUUGGCAGGAGAGAAAUUGCCUAUCAAGAGCUAUACAAGGCGAAGAAGCUUGCCAUGUUGAAGAAUGAAAAUUAG